AAGACCUCUUUGAUCACCAGGUUCAUGUAUGACAGCUUUGACAACACCUACCAGGCAACAAUUGGCAUUGACUUCUUAUCAAAAACCAUGUACUUGGAGGAUCGCACAAUCAGGUUGCAGCUCUGGGAUACUGCGGGUCAGGAACGUUUUCGUAGCCUCAUUCCCAGUUACAUCCGUGACUCUGCUGCUGCUGUAGUAGUUUACGAUAUCACAAAUGUAAACUCAUUCCAGCAAACCACAAAAUGGAUUGAUGAUGUUAGAACGGAAAGAGGUAGCGAUGUCAUCAUAAUGCUAGUAGGAAACAAAACAGAUCUAGCAGAUAAGAGGCAAGUAUCUAUUGAGGAAGGGGAGAGGAAAGCCAAAGAGCUGAAUGUAAUGUUUAUUGAAACUAGUGCAAAGGCGGGAUACAAUGUAAAGCAGCUUUUCCGACGUGUGGCUGCUGCCUUGCCUGGAAUGGAAAGCACACAGGACAAAAGCAGAGAAGACAUGAUUGACAUUAAACUUGAAAAGCCUCAAGAGCAGCCAGUCAGUGAAGGGGGCUGUUCAUGUUAACAGUCCAUCGCUUCUCUCUCCCCUUUCUCCAGACCAUCACUGCUUCUUUCUUCCUUCUCUCCCUCCCUCCCUCCCUCCCUCCCUCCCUGUGACUCAUUGACAGCAGUGUGACUAUUGGCUUGCCCUUUCCCCAUACCUUUCAGUAACGUAGCACGGUUCAUCAUUGCUGCCUGUCUCGUGAAGAUGAUCUGUUAGCUUCACAAGCACAAAAGAAAGUCGGUGUCUUCAUUAUUUAUAAGAAAAUUGCUUUUCUUUUCUUUUUAAAAAAGAGCCAGUGUGAUUCAAGCAUAUUUCAGUCAUAUUUCAAAAAGAGAGGGAGAACCAGAAAGAUUUGUACCAAUCUGGUAAACCUUUGUUCCUUUUAAGAAAAAAAGAAAACUUAAAAUACUGCAUUUCUGGAAGCAAAGGAAAUGGGGUUAAAGAUGUUGUUUGGAUUUGGUGAAAAGGGAUGCUUUGCCAGGUAGAAAUAGCCAGUGCUUGAGGCAAGCAGGUUGGAACAAUCACAGGAUUUAAACCCCUCCUUUUACAAACCAAAAGAAGAAGAAGCCUGCUUUGACUUUCCAACCAAGAUCCUGAUCUUUCCCCCUAAACAAUAGCCUUUUGGAAAUACAGAACAGGCUAUUGCAUUUUAAUAUAUAUUUUUUAAAGAUCCCAUUCUCUUAUAUAGACAAAUAGCCUUCUGACACCUGCUGAUAAAAUGCUUUUUGUAAGGGAGAAAGUAACCAAUUUUGCUGUAGGCAAAAUUUAGAGACCUUGCUUUGGUCUAUUAUAUAUAAUUCUAGUUGAGAGCCAGUCAACUAGUUCACCUUUUGGUUAUGGCCUUAAGGGUGGGAUACUUUCAGAAUAGGGUGCCAGAGGAGGCAGAGCAGCUUGAAACAGGUUCUGGCAUUAAAGGCAGUUAAAGCUGAAUCAGUCUUCAACAAAAGAGGCACUAGGUACCAAAUAUUUUGUGGACGGUAAAUGUGUCAUGAAGAGGAAGCAGGGCAGAGCAGAAAUGGCUAUUCCUGAGCUCAAGUUAAAUGGAAGAAGGGGCGAGUGUGCUUAUCAAAGUAGAUUUUAAAAGUCCCUUAGGUGAUAAAGGAAGGGAACAUAAGAUGGAUACAAAAUGUACAAUUUUGCAGACUUUUGCCUUUGUUUUCAGAUUAUUAUUUUUUAAAUGUUGGGUCUUCAGAAUCUAGCAUGUUCGUCUUACCUAGUUUAGUUAAAUAACUGGUUGUUUAGUAUUAUGUUUUAACUGAAACUACAAUUAACUGUGGUUACCUUCAAUAUUUAUUUCUCUGCUUUAAUUUUUUUUUACUUUUGUUUUGGAAAAAAAGUUUGUAAAUUCAUUUAGAGCUUUGCUAGUGUCACAAGAUGUAGCUAUCCAAGAAGUACACUGAGACGUGGGCAUGCACUCACACACCCACAUCCUCAUUCACUCACCCACGCCCAUGCGCACACAUGCACCCUAGAAAGUGCACUCUCUUAAUCUGUACUAGUCAUUGUGAAGUUGCUGUGUAAGUUAACACAACUGUAAAUACAUUGUUUGCAGGAGGAAUACUUGCAGCUGGGGAAGGGGCACAAUACAGGAAAGGCUUCAUGAGUCUCCAUUUUCUAACUGAUAGUUCAAAUUGUGGGGGGAGCUCACUCUUCUUGAAUCCCCUCCAGUAAAGGGGAACCUCCCGCACCUCAGCAUCUCCGCUUCAGAUGUAUACAUGUGAGGCCUCUGUUUUCCUGCAUUGUGGAACUGGAAUGGCAAAUACAUCACUUUGACUUGAGUUUCCGAUAAUAUUUGCACAUACCUGUAACGUCAUGUUUUAAAGGGUAGAGUAAGACACAGAAAUGCUUCUAAUGCAAUCUUGAAGAGAUUAUUUCUUUUCUUUAUUUUUUCCUUUGGUAGUAGCAUGUCUUUUUUUUAAAAAAAGUGUUUAAAUAUGGCAACCAACAGUGAAUUGAUCCAGGAAAGAGACUUAAAAAGGAGACUGGGCUACUUUUCCUGUAUUGUUGUAUUCAACGUGUGCAAAAACUAAAAAAACAAAACAAUCCAUCUUGCUGCUUUUUAAUAUUGAGUUUUCCGUGGCUUGGGUUCUUAAAGCAAUGAAAUGUCUACACGGGUUGGAUUUUUUAAACAUGCACAGAAUUUUUUGCUUCCAAUAAAGUAUCUAAUCAAAACACUAAGAACAAAACAAAA